UCAGUUUCCGCCAAUUCUGUAAAGUGAUGAAGGAAAUUUUGCUAAAUUUAUGCUAAAAAUUGAAUAAUUUGUUACGCAAAACCUGCAAAUAUGAGUCAAGCAAUCAAUUUGAAUCUCUUGGAAGGCCUGAUUUUCGAGCUGAACAACAUAAAACACGGAAAAAAGCAUCAAGAGAAGAAGUCGGGACCCAAAACGAGCACAAAUCGAAGUAUCACAUACACGGAGGACAAAGUGCCCAUCAAGACACUUUAUGUGUCGUCAAUCAAGCCGACGGUAAAUCACGACGACUUGAAUUCGUAUUUUAGUCGCUUGGGCGCACUCAAGAGUGUCGUGCUGCACGACAAGGGCGAUCACAAAUACGCUUUUGUCACGUACGAGACGUAUGAGGAUGCCACAAAGGCACUUAAGAAGCGACAUCAUAACGUGAAAGGGAGCAAAUUACGUGUUCGACCUGCCGAUACGUGGCAUCAACCGAAACCUGAAGCAGCGGCAACGACGAAAAAUGCCACAGAAACGCAAGAAACGGAAAAUUCAAGCAAUGCAGCGACUCAGGAGACGUACGACGAGAAUGCGCCGUCGCUUAUGAUGCUCAACGACGAUUGUCUCUUGCACAUGUUGAAGCUUUUGAACAUUUUGGAGCUCAUUAAGGUCCAUGGAACGUGUCGUCGUCUUGAUUUUUUGAUAGAUUCGGUGUGUCAAAAAUAUUCCGACUUCAAUUUCACAACGUUGUCGUUCGAACUUUCGUCGGAUUUGACCUUAAUGAAUGCCCGUGAUAUCCUGAUGUUCCUCGGACCACGCAUGAAGUCCCUUUCCAUCGACGGGAGUGACUUUAAUUCGAGCGCGAAUCGCACAAUUGACUGGAUCGCGCGUUUUUGCAAGACUCUCGAGAGUUUGGAGCUCGAAAAUUUCAAUUUGAACAAACUUAUCAUCAAAAAACUGAAACCAGUGAUCCAGAAUUUGAAGUCUUUCAGCAUCGGAGACAGCACAAAAGUCGGCGACGAGUUGGGAAUGUGUUUCCAUGGCGCCUCAUCCCUUGAGGAACUCACAAUUUCGGGCAAUUGGGAGAUAACCGGCAAAUGUCUCACAAAAUUGUCGGAUUUAAAGACACUCAGUGUCAAUUGUUGCGGCAAUUUGCAAUCAAAACCCUUCAAAGAGGCCCUUCUGAAGAACAAAACUCUCAAAAAACUCGAAAUUCGUCGUUGUGAUAAGUUUGACGAUAGUGUCGUCAACUGCAUUGUUGCCGAAAAUCAGGAAAUCGAGGAGCUUUCGUUGAGCAAUGUGUACCCUUCCAUGUCAAAUUACAGUCAUUUCGCGGAUUUGCCGCGUUUGAAGAAGCUUUCCGUGGAAUUUCACAGUUUUGCGCCCAUCGACAGUCUCUUGGAGAAGUUGGCGACCAAAAAUAUCCUCGAGGAGCUGCACUACAUCGGCUCCAGUUCGCAUCCCGUUACCAAAACAAUCGAACACAUCUCACAAAUUACCAAUUUGAAAACUUUUUCCAUGGCCUUCAAUGCGAACAUCGGCGAUGCCGAGCUAAAAAUGCUGCAAAAUCUCACGAAUCUCGAGUCGUUUUCGAUUCCGGGCGCCACGAAUGUCACUUCCGAGAGUCUUCUUGCCUUGCUCGCCGCUUGCAAAAACAUCAAAUAUCUCGAUGUGUCGCAGAUUCGAGUAAACAUCGGAUUUAUCGAAAAGCUCCUGACGUUGUUGAAACAAUCCGCAAGUCGUCCCAAACUCGAGAUUAUCAUGUACGAGACAGAAAUUGACGAGGAUUCGGAGGAAGUUCAGGAGAUUUUUAAGGAAAAUCGAUUUUAUAUUCAGCCGUCGUUCGUGCCCAAAAUGCUCAAUACGUAUCAGUUCAUGUUCAAUGGAUCGGAUUUGACGUUUGGCGACUCCGACGACGAGUUUUUGGAUCUCAUUGAUGAUGAUGACGAUGACUUUGGCGAUGGAUUUGCUCCCCCAUGGGAAGUUUACGGCGACCAAUGGUGGGAUUCAGAUGAUUCUGACAAGUACAUGUAUGGCUGGGGUCAAUAUUCAGGCGAUCGAUCUCCCGUUGGUUGGUAAAAAAAAUCGAAAUUCACGUGAAAAUCAAC